GGAACUUUAGCGUCCCCCCCAACCUACCAGGGUUAUCUCAUAAGUAUACUUUUUUUUUUCUUACUGACUUAAAAAAAUGGGUAUCGCACUUAAAAAUGUUGGUAGGAUAAAAAAACAUGGAAGGAAGAAUCUGGUGUCAAAAAACCCGUACCUGAGGUUGCUCGUGAAGCUAUACCGUUUUCUUGCCAGAAGAACCAACGCCAAUUUUAACAAAAUAAUUGCCAAAAGACUUAUUAUGCCAAAGCGCUUCAGGCCUCCCUUGUCGCUCUCCAAGUUGCACCGCCACAUGGCCAGCUACCCAGACAACAUAGCGGUCGUCGUUGGAUCAAUAACGGAUGAUAAGAGGCUAUAUGAUUGCAAGAAGUUAAAAGUUUGCGCUCUCAGAUUUACCGAAACGGCUAGAAAACGAAUUUUGGAUGCUGGGGGAGAAUGCCUAACCUUUGAUCAGCUAGCUUUGAAAUACCCCACGGGACAGAAAUGUAUACUUUUAAGAGGUCCCACCAAGGCCAGAACGGCUGAGAAGCAUUUCGGUAAAGCCCCAGGUAGACCUAAAUCGAAGGCCAGACCAUACGUCCGUUCUAAGGGAAGAAAAUUUGAAAAGGCACGAGGAAGAAGAAAAUCUAGAGCAUACAAGAAAUGAUCCAUUCAUUAGUCCCUUUAUGAGUAAAACUGCAAGUAGAGCAUUCCAUUUUUCUGUGAUGUACAUAUAUGUAAAUUAUGUGUAUGCGUGUACAUAUGCAGCCUUUUUAUGUGUGCAAAUAUGUAAUGGCCCACAUAUGUAUAGUAUAUACACCUUUUUUUAAUGCACACUAACCAUCCCUUUUUCUUACGUUAUGUAACUUUUUUAUACUUUUAACUUCAUAAUU